AUGAGCAACAUAAGCAUGGUUGAGGCAAAGCUUCCACCAGGGUUCAGGUUUCAUCCUAGAGAUGAAGAGCUUGUGUGUGAUUACUUGAUGAAGAAGGUUACUCAUAGUGAUUCUCUUCUCAUGAUUGAUGUUGAUCUUAACAAGUGUGAACCAUGGGAUAUUCCUGAAGCGGCAUGUGUAGGAGGAAAAGAAUGGUAUUUUUAUACACAAAGAGAUCGAAAAUACGCAACAGGUCUACGCACAAAUCGCGCAACUGCGUCGGGGUAUUGGAAGGCCACCGGAAAAGACAGAUCUAUCCUUCGCAAGGGCACUCUUGUUGGCAUGAGGAAAACAUUAGUGUUCUAUCAAGGAAGGGCACCAAAAGGAAGAAAAACUGAAUGGGUUAUGCAUGAGUUUCGCAUUGAAGGUCCUCAUGGCCCUCCCAAAUUUUCUUCUUCUAAGGAAGAUUGGGUAUUGUGUAGGGUAUUCUACAAAAACAGAGAAGUGGCCACAAAAGCAAGCAUGGGCAGUUGCUAUGAUGACACAGGCUCAUCCUCACUUCCAGCAUUAAUGGAUUCAUACAUCAGUUUUGAUCACCAAGCUCAGUUCCACACAGAUGAAUAUGAGCAAGUGCCCUGCUUCUCCAUUUUCUCUCAAAACCAAACCAAUCCCUUGUUCAACCAUACAACAACAAACAUGGAACCAAAACUACCUACCAUCAACAAUCCAACUACUACAUUUGGAGGAGCACCUUAUAGCCUAGAUCCUAUGUCUUGUGAUAGAAAAGUUCUAAAAGCUGUUUUGAGUCAACUCUCAAAAAUGGAAAGAAACACUCUUGAUGAUAAUAAUCAAAAUCUAAAAGGCUCAUCACCUAGCUUGGGUGAAGGAAGUUCUGAGAGUUACUUAUCUGAAGUGGCUAUGCCCCAUAUGUGGAAUAGUUACUAA